AUGAAGCGUGGAUAUCAACAAAUGAUGGAACAAACACCCAUCUCCCUAGGGAUGAAUGGGGUGGCAUAUCAAGACUUCUCGGGCGGCCAUUACUACUCGCCUCCGUUAGAGCCUCCCCAGCAUAUCUUAUUCAGCAACCCUUUUCCGACACACGGCGAAUAUGUGCAAGAAGGCUACCUGCCGAGUUCUGAGUCAAGCUUCUACUCCAACAGUCGGUCGUUAUCGGAGCCUUUCAACAUCCAUCAACCGACCGAGUCAUUUGGCUCAAGCAGUAGCGCCUCAUCAUCUUGCAGUGCCUCUGUAGCACCAGCAACACCACCACCCGUCAUCUUCACUCACGGCCCCACGAAAUUUCCUGCCGUGCCAAUUACUCCCAGUCAUCAACCUCCGAGACAGAAGGCAAAGCGGACUGCAACUGCUUGCGAAGAAUGCCGGAAGCGAAAGCAGAAGUGUGAUGGCGAAGGCCCAUGCCAGUCAUGCAAAGAGCAGAAGCUUGACUGUAAAUACCGAGAGGUGUCACCCACCAAAAAGGACAAUUCCAUGGAAAGACUCGUCGCUCUGGUCGAGAACUGCAGCAAGUCGAUGGAGGCGUUGAACCAGCGCCUCGACAUCAUGAGCACGACGCUGCAACAGAUCGAAGCUCGACUCACUAGCUGCUGGCAAUGCGGGUCGAAAGUAGCGUUGGAAACCGGUGCUUGCGAUUCAUGCAAUUACGUGCCAUGUCGCCUGUAA